UGGAUUGGCCGCCUCAGUAUGAACUGGUGUAUUACGCCGGGUGUAUGGAAGUCGAUUUAGUCGUCGCUGCUCUCUCUACAUUUUCCGAUGAAGAAUUGAUGAAGAAGAAGAAGCAGAGGAACUAAUUUGGGGAAUCUCAUCGCGAUUAUCGAAAUCCCGACACUUGUCUGCCUUCCUCGAUCUCAUCGAAUCGCAUCUUCGGUUUCUGCUACAAUUUCCGACGGUAGUAACCGUUUUUCUUCUCGGACGAAGAGAAAUCAGGGUUUCUUUCCUUUUCCGAGGAUGAGUUUGCCCGUGGUCGAUUGCCGGAAUUUGAUUCAGUUCUGCAGGGCUUUUCACCUCCACAACAGUAGUCCAAUCAAUUCGAAUUCAUCCCGGCCGAGAGCGGCGCGUUUCGUCUCCGAUUCCGUAAACCCUUUUUCAAACGACUUCUGCCAUCGCUCUCCCUUCCUUGCACUCGAUCUCAUUAUUCUGCUCUCGGUGCUCGCGUCCUUGGCCUUCUUGUUCCUUCCCUACUUCAAAUUCUUUCUCUUCGAUCUUCUUCCCUUGAUCCACGGUUUCAUUCUUGACCUAAUCCUCGAUGCGCCGUUGCCUUAUUUCGUCGGGUUUCUUCUCGCGCUGCUUGGACUGAUUCUCGCCAUGCUUAUCGAUAUUAGGCUCAGGAAAUGUGGGAAUCCUCAUUGCAAGGGCUUGAGGAGGGCUGUUGAAUACGAUAUCCAGUUGGAAACUGAGCAGUGUGUUAAGCAUUCGCCGCCAUCUGCGGAUGCGUAUCAAGGAAACCAUGGGGCUAUGCAGCUGGAAUUGGGACAGGAUCGGAAGGAACUGGAAGCCGAAUUGAAGAAAAUGGCGCCCCUCAAUGGAAGGACUGUGCUAAUUUUCCGAGCUCCCUGUGGAUGUCCGGCUGGUAGAUUGGAGGAUUACGACAGAAGAGGCUGGACUGUGAGAACUCUACAGUUGAUCUUUGUUACAGUAAGAAUGUUAAAUCUUCUCAGGGUUUUCAUGGAUCUCCCAACUACUGCCAGAAAAAUACAGCUUGGUUGGGGACCUGCCAGGUGAACUUGCAGAAGCUAUCCUUCUCAUGUCCAAGGUUCAAAAUCACAAAUGUAGUAAGACUCAUGCCAAUUUGCGAUCGUGGUGGUGGCAAGCUAAGGAAAUGCCGUAGCAGAUAUGAUGGAUGCUCCAGUCUUCGUUAUGUUGUAGAUGUUUGUCAUGUGUGUUUCCAUCGGGGUUUGAAAUUUGGAUUUUGACUUGAAUAGUAAAAUUUUGAUUUAAUAUAUUUUGGAGAUUUUUA